GUGCAUUGAUUGAUGCUGCUCCGCUGCCCGCUUGCGUCAGCGCUCUGGGUACUCGCAGUGGGCGAGCGGUAUAUUGCUGAACCUUUGAGGUAGCAGACCUUCAUUGUGCUCCAUUACCAGCUCGGGCCUCGAAUUCUGCUUUGUUCAAUUUCCUUCGGUUUGGUCGCGGUUCAGCCAUGGCACGAGUGUAUUAUCUUUUGUGCGUUGCCCUCACGGUAGGUUUUGCCCUCUCUGUCUCUGCGUUUGACGAUGGAAUCGAGAUGGUUGUCGGAGAAAAUGGGUUACAGGAUGAUCUUCUCAACGGGGAAGGAAUCAUGGCACCUGCAAAGGCUUUGCUUCAAGCAGCAAGUCGUUUCGAGUUGUUCAAGCAGAAAUUUAAGAAGACUUACUCGGGACCCGAAGAGCAUGCUUACCGAUUUGGGGUUUUCAAGGAUAACCUUUUGAGGGCCCUGGAGCACCAGGCCCUGGACCCAAGCGCGAAACAUGGUAUCACUAAAUUUUCUGACCUCACCGAAGAAGAGUUCGAGUCACGGUACCUCGGAAUGAAGAAGCCUGCAUCUUUGAAGAAAGGAGUUCAGGGUCUUCCUCUGCCUGUAGACGAUCUGCCCGAAAGCUUCGACUGGCGCGACCAAGGUGCCGUCACAGAAGUCAAGGAUCAGGGGGCGUGUGGUUCUUGCUGGGCUUUCAGUACCACCGGAGCAGUAGAAGGUUCUAACUUUAUUGCCACAGGCAAGCUGAUCAGUUUGAGUGAGCAGCAACUCGUCGACUGCGAUCAUGUGUGUGACCCUGUAGACCCUCUAUCUUGCGACUCUGGUUGCAAUGGUGGACUGAUGACAAACGCGUAUGAGUAUAUCAAGCAAGCCGGAGGCUUGGAGAAAGAAGCAGAUUACAAGUAUACCGCCCAGGAUGGCAAGUGCAAAUUUGACUCUAACAAGCUCGUGGUGAAGGUUGCUAAUUUCACCGAGGUUCCAGUCGAUGAAGCGCAGAUGGGCGCAUAUCUCGUGAAUUACGGUCCUCUUGCCGUGGGCAUCAAUGCCGCAUUCAUGCAAACCUACAUUGGAGGAGUAUCGUGCCCUCUUAUAUGCAGCAAGAGGAACAUCGAUCACGGAGUAUUGAUUGUUGGUUAUGGAGCCCGUGGCUUCACACCAGUGCGUCUGAGCUACAAGCCGUAUUGGAUCAUCAAGAAUUCCUGGGGAAAAUCCUGGGGAGAGGAAGGUUAUUACAAACUUUGCCGCGGUUAUGGCGAGUGCGGUAUUAGCACCAUGGUUUCCUCCGUGGCAGCUAUCGCCGUGAUCGAUACAUAAGUGGCUCAAACCCUGCGUUCACACCUCGUUGCCUCAGCGCUGUAGGAACGAAGAAAGUUGUCAAUAUACUUCGCAGAUACAGGGGAUAGCAGUAAACGUUGGAGGUACAAGGUAAUGGUUACACAAUCUUGUAAAUAGCGGUAGUAUAUUAUCUGCUUCCCGAUGAGCAGUUCAGCAAAACAUCUGGAUGUAAAAGUUUAAAUCUGUAUUUUUUCUGUUGACUUUGGUAAAAUGUGUGAAUAUGUUUGUGAAUUGUUAUAGCCUUGAAAGGCUCGUCUCAUUGGAAUGUGGAUAGCGACUCAAAGUUAAGGAAAUGUAAAGGGAUCUUGAAGGGAAAUAUUAUUGAAGCG